CGCCGCCGAGUCCGCGGGAGAUCGGAUCGGAUCGUAUCGGAGCGGUUGCGUGUUCGCUGCUGCUGCUGCUGCUGCUGCUGCUCUCUUCCCCCCCGAGCUUGAAGAUGGCGGUGUCCGUGUUCCCCGGCGUGCGGCUCCUCUCCAUUGGGGAUGCGAAAGGAGACAUCCAGCGGCACUCCGAGCAGCAGCCUCUGCGGCUGGAGGUGAAAACCACACAGGACGCGGCCCUCUUAAACCUCUCCAACAGUGAGGAGGCGAGCGUGUUUAAGUGUUCAGUGUCGCGGGAGACUGAGUGCAGCCGUGUUGGGAAACAGUCCUUCAUCAUCACACUCGGCUGCAACAGCGUGCUCCUGCAGUUCGCAUCCCCCACAGAUUUCUCAUCAUUUUAUAACCUUCUGAAGAACUGUCGCGGACACCUCAACGAAUGCUCGGUCUUCAGCGAGAGGACGGAGGAGUCGUCGGCCGUUCAGUACUUUCAGUUCUAUGGCUACCUCUCUCAGCAGCAGAACAUGAUGCAGGAUUACGUUCGAACUGGAACCUAUCAACGAGCCAUUCUACAGAACCACACUGACUUCAAGGACAAGGUUGUGCUGGAUGUAGGCUGUGGCUCGGGAAUUCUCUCCUUUUUCGCAGCUCAGGCUGGCGCACAUAAAGUUUAUGCUGUGGAGGCGAGCACUAUGGCUCAGCAUGCAGAGGUGCUGGUGAACAGUAACAGACUGACAGAGCGUGUGAUAGUAAUCCCAGGGAAAGUGGAGGAGGUGACCUUACCUGAGCAGGUGGACAUUAUCAUCUCUGAGCCGAUGGGCUACAUGCUGUUUAAUGAGAGGAUGCUGGAGAGCUACCUGCACGCCAAGAAGUUCCUCAAGCCUAAUGGUAAAAUGUUUCCCACCAUUGCCGACGUCCAUCUCGCCCCUUUCACAGACGAGCAGCUCUACAUGGAGCAGUUCACCAAGGCCAACUUCUGGUAUCAGCCAUCUUUCCACGGGGUGGAUCUGUCUGCACUGAGGGGAGCUGCUGUAGACGAGUACUUCAGACAGCCCAUAGUGGACACGUUCGACAUCCGAAUCCUAAUGGCCAAAUCCGUGAAAUACACAGUCAACUUUUUAGAAGCUAAAGAGGAAGACCUUUAUAAGAUAGAGAUCCCAUUCAAGUUUCACAUGAUGCACUCAGGGCUGGUGCAUGGCUUGGCCUUCUGGUUUGACGUGGCGUUCAUGGGAUCUGUGAUGACGGUGUGGCUCUCCACAGCACCUACAGAGCCCCUCACUCAUUGGUAUCAGGUUCGCUGUCUGCUACAGUCACCGCUCUUUGCCAAGGCUGGAGACACAAUGUCAGGCACAGCUCUCCUCAUCGCUAACAAGAGGCAAAGCUAUGACAUUAGCAUUGUUGCUCAAGUGGAUCAGACAGGCUCCAAGUCCAGCAACCUGCUGGAUCUGAAGAACCCGUUUUUCAGGUACACAGGCACCACCCCUAACCCCCCACCAGGCUCACACUACACCUCCCCCUCUGAGAACAUGUGGAACUCUGGGGGGGCCUAUAGCAUGAGCCAAGGCAUGGCUGUGUCAGGGAUGCCAGCAGCCUAUGACCUCAGCACUGUCAUUGGCGGCAGUGGCUCUACAGUUUCCCACAACAACCUCAUCCCCCUUGGUACAGACACGCAUGCACUGAACACGGGGAUUGUGAACCAUACUCACUCCAGAAUGGGCUCAAUCAUGAGCACAGGAAUUGUCCAGGGAGCUGCGACUGGUCAGCAGGGUUCUAGCAGUACUUACUACCCCGUCACCAACCAGUUCACCAUGGGUGGCCCCGCCAUCUCCAUGGCCUCCCCUAUGGCCAUCCCUAGCAACACCAUGCAUUAUGGGAGUUAAGCCCCCCUCCCAACGCCACCCCCCACACCCCCACCCCCCCCAACUUUUUGGGCCCUCUGCAUGUCCAGCCUCCUAAACUGACCACAGCCAAAAUCAGAAAAACCAAAUCCAGUGCUGCAGUCUCUGGCCAUCACCUUUCUCGUCUUGAUAUGUGUAUUAUAUAUUCGUAUAUAUUCUCUCUCGCUCUCUCUCGCGCGCGCUCUCUCUCUCUCUCGCUCGCUCUCUCGCUCUCUCGCUCUCUCGCUCUCUCUCGCGCUCUCUCUCUCUCGCGCU